AUGGACUCGGACCCAGAUGCGAAUCUUCCGCCGCUCAUACAACAAGUUCAAGACCAGUAUCGCAAGUAUACGCGUGUCUAUCAGCAUUAUUUAGACCGAACGACGCCCCAUGUAAUGCAACGCUGGCUCGCGACUGGCGGCAUUUUUGCCCUCUUUAUGCUUCGUGUUAUCUUUGCACAAGGAUGGUAUAUUGUGUGUUACGCGCAUGCAAUCUACAUGCUCAAUCUCCUCCUUGCAUUCCUGCAACCGAGAUUUGAUCCAUCGUUAGAAGCUGACCUUAUGGAUGACGAAAUUGAAGCUGGAGGCGGAGAAACGCCCCUUCCGACCUCGGCAAAGGACGACGAGUUCCGACCGUUUGUUCGCAGGCUUCCUGAGUGGAGUUUCUGGCUCUCCGCCACCCGAGCUACCGUCCUAGCUCUUCUCGCUUCCCUCUUUAGCGUCUUCGACGUUCCCGUCUUCUGGCCCAUUCUUGUCGUCUACUUCUUUGUCCUCUUCACCCUGACGAUGAGACGCCAAAUACAGCAUAUGAUCAAAUACAAGUAUAUUCCCUUCGACUUUGGCCGCAAGGCUCGCUACGGAGGCAAAAAGUAG